CUCUGCCAAUCAGCUAUCAAGUGGUCUCUUUAAAACAAGCUGCUCUGAAAGGAAACCUGCCUUGGAGGAAGAAAAAAUGCUGAUAGUGAAGCAAGUGUCUUAACAAUGGGCCCAAACUGGAUGGGAGAUCCCACAGCUGUCAGCCAAUAAAAAGAACCACCAAGAACAGAGGCUGCAUUCAAAUGGAAGAACCUUGCCUCACUCAAAAGAGAAAACCGGUCCUUUACUCCUCUCCAGUUAGCAGCAGCAAUUAAUUAAUUAAUUAAUAAUAGCUAAGAUCCCCCAAUCAUGGUCCAGGACCCUACUAUGCUAGGUGUACAAACACAAAACAGAGUCCCUGCCUCACCGCUUACAGUCUAAAAAAGUCACAGAAAACUGAUCUGAAAGGGGACACUACACCCUCCAUAGAUUUUGUUGAUGUUUUUUUUCUCAGAUAUUCUCGUUGCCUGGUGCCAAGAUCUCACUAACCCCUGGAUCUGGGAUGGCUCUUACACUGGUUUUAACCUUCUAAGGCUUGAUUUCUCUGCUUAACAUGCCUCCUUCCAAGGUAGCUCGGGCUGCGUUGAAGGCAUACAAGGAACUGAGCCCACACCCUGACUGUCAGGUGCCUGGAAGCUCAUUCUGUUGCUGUUCUAACAUUAUCUAAAGGCUGAUCCUCUUUGGCUGUGAAUUCCAGACUGUUCCUUUUGUACAGGAUGUGUUGCAUGUAUCAAUAUUGGUCCUAUCAGCAACUAGCCUGCUAAACAUUAGAGCAGUCAACUGCCACCCUAUGGUGGCCAUUUGGAAUGCAGCUGACCAACUCUGUGGACUACAGAGGAGCCAAUUUCUGUCAGGGUGGUUUUUAGGCCUCUAUUAAUCCUACAGCAGCUUCCACAAACAAUGUAUUCGUGGGGCACAGCAUUGCUACCCUCAUCUGCUAGUGGACUAAAGAGAGGCUUGAGACAAUGGACUGAUGACUAUAGGUGUUGGCAGAUGAUGCAGACAAUGCCCCAGCCCUAUGUUGGACAAUGGGAACUGGCUGCCCAAUGACAAUAGCCAGCAGGGCACCAGGCAUCAAGGAGGAUCGCAUAUUAACUCACAAUAAGGAUUAAAUGAAGAUGUGAAAGGUGUGUGUUUGCAGGAAAAGAUGCCUAGUAAAAUGUCGAAGCAUUCUUAUUUGGGCAUGCAGGGCUGUAUUAUAAGGCAUGGGGAACAUAGAUGCAGGCCACCAGAGAUGGCUAUCCAGUCCCUUAGGGAAAAGUGAAGUAAAGGGCUGGAAAUGCUAAAUCUACAGUAGAGAGACUAGGUGGGUGACUGUCUCUCUCUCAUAACCUGGGACCGACAUGGCUACAACAACAAAUCUACAGUACACAGUCAGGUUGGCCCUCUUUCCAGUUCUGUGUACAAAGGGAUGGCUCACAGCCAAUCUGGGAUAACGUACUGGAUCCACUAUUCUGCAAACCACUAUCAGCACUGCAGAAAUGAAAAAAGCUUCUGCUGAAAAGGUGUUGCAGUUCUGCCUUAUGCCCACCAGAGGGCGCUGUGGCGAUGGAACAAAGCCGCAGCUGCCAGCCAGCUGGGGAAGAGAGAGAACCUGCAGCGCCUUCUUCACAGCGCCUGUAGGGCCAGGGCUUGUCUACGUUUACCAAGCGGAGAGUUUAGGUAAUCCACCACCCUGAAAGGUGGUAGGUAUGUUGACAGAAGAAACCCUCCCAUCAACACAGCACUGUCUACACUGGGGCUUAGAACCUGUUGUCUGAGGACCUCCCUGUGCUCUGCAAACGCGCCCCAUGAGGCUACUCUUGAAAAAUGGCUGCAGAAACUGCAAGGGAGGCAGGGGUGUGGAGACAAACCAAAGCUCUUUUAUUCAAGAACUACCUUGUUAAAUGCAGGACUAAGAAGAGUAGUGUGCAGGAAAUCCUUUUUCCACUAUUGUUUUUAUUUUGGCUUAUAUUAAUGAGCAUGAUGCAUCCAAAUAGGAAGUUUGACGAGGUGCCCAACACUGAUCUUGGUACUUUACAUCGCUCCAUGCUCUUGGACUUCAUUCUUGGAUACACACCAGUGACAAACAUGACAAGAAAAAUCAUGCAGAAAGUGUCUUUUGAAUACUUUGAAGAUGCUGUAAUUACAGAAGAAUUUUUCAGUGAAAAAGAAUUGCAAGAGGCUAGUACUGUUAACCCCUCAAACUUUGUUGGUGUAGUUUUCAAAGAUUCGAUGUCCUACCAGCUUAGAUUCUUUCCUGUUGCUGUCUCGCUGUCUUCUAUCAAUGUAGAAUCAAGAGCCAGUUGUUCCAGUUUAUCAAAGGGAUGUGAAUCUGUUACCUACUGGCGCUCAGGAUUUGCAGCGCUACAAACUUGUAUUGAUGCAGCAAUAAUACAGCUGAAGACUAAUCAUUCAGUUUGGGAAGAACUGGAAUCGACUAAAGCUGUUAUUAUGGGAGAGGCUGCUGCUAAGAAAAUCAGUUAUUUUCCUCGAGCAGUUAUUUUAAUUUACCUAGUAAUAGCUUUCUCACCCUUUGGGUACUAUUUGGCAAUUCAUAUUGUGGCAGAAAAGGAGAAGAAGUUGAAAGACUUUUUAAAGAUAAUGGGGCUUCAUGACACCGCCUUUUGGCUGUCUUGGGUUCUACUGUACACAACUCUGAUUUUUGUCAUGUCCAUUCUCAUGGCAGUCAUUGCAACAGCCUCGUCACUAUUUCCUCAAAGUAGCUCCUUUGUGAUAUUUCUUCUUUUUUUCCUGUAUGGAAUAUCCUCAGUUUUCUUUGCUUUCAUGCUGACUCCUCUAUUUAAAAAAUCAAAGCACGUGGGUAUAGUUGAAUUUUUGGCAACACUGGCUUUUGGUUUUGUGGGUCUCACUGUUGUCCUGUUGGAUGAUUUUCCGAAGUCUUUUGUAUGGAUUCUAAGCCCCUCAUGUCAGUGUACGUUCUUGAUUGGGAUUGCACAGGUCAUGUAUCUGGAAGAUUAUGAAGAUGGUGCAAUAUUUUCAAAUUUAAAUCACGGCCCUUAUCCACUAGUUAUUUCUCUUAUUUUACUGGUUCUGGAUAGCAUGUUUUACCUACUUCUAGCUGUCUAUCUUGAUCAGGUCAUUCCAGGUGAGUUUGGAUUACGACGGACAUCAUUUUUCUUUAUGAAGCCCUCAUUUUGGUCAAAGCGCAGAAGAAAUUACAAGGAGUUAUAUGAGAGUAGUGUUAAUGGACUCUUAAGUUUCAGUGAGAUGGUUGAACCUGUAUCUUCAGAAUUUCAGGGAAAAGAAGCUAUCAGAAUCAGCUGUGUUCAGAAAACAUUCAGAAAAAAGGGUGAAACUGUGGAGGCUCUCAGAAGUUUAUCCUUUGACAUAUAUGAGGGUCAGAUUACAGCUUUACUUGGGCAUAGUGGAACAGGCAAGACAACACUGAUGAACAUUCUUUGUGGACUCUGCCCACCUUCUGAUGGGUUUGCAUCUGUCUAUGGACACAGAAUCUCUGAAAUUGAUGAAAUGCUCGAUGUACGAAAGCUAACGGGGUUUUGCCCACAAUUAGAUAUACAUUUUGACGUAUUAACUGUGGAAGAGAAUUUAUCAAUAUUUGCUCAUAUUAAAGGGAUAUCUCCCAAUGCUCUGAUACAAGAGGUGCAGAAAGUGAUGAAUGAUUUGGAUAUGCAGCCCAUCCGAGAUAACCAAGCUAAAAAAUUAAGUGGAGGGCAGAAGAGAAAGCUGUCGAUAGGAAUCGCUGUUCUUGGGAGCCCAAAGGUUUUACUCUUGGAUGAACCAACUGCUGGUAUGGACCCAUGUUCUCGGCACGUUGUUUGGAAUCUCCUGAAAAACAGACAAGCCAAUCGGGUAACAGUAUUCAGUACUCAUUUCAUGGAUGAGGCAGAUAUUCUUGCUGAUCGAAAAGCUGUGAUUUCUCAAGGUACACUGAAAUGUGUUGGCUCAUCUCUUUUCCUCAAAACCAAAUGGGGAAUUGGCUACCGCUUGAGCAUGCAUAUAGAUGGAUAUUGCAAUACAGAAGCUACAACAGCCUUGAUCAAACAGCAUAUCCCUGGAGCCAGCUUGGUACAACAGAAUGAACAGCAGCUUGUGUAUACCUUACCUUUUAAAGACGUGGACAAGUUUUCAGGAUUAUUUUCUGAUCUAGACACUCAUUCACAUUUGGGUGUUAUUAGUUACGGAGUUUCCAUGACAACGUUGGAGGAUGUGUUCCUGAAGCUGGAAAUUGAAGCAGAAAUUGAUCAAUCCGAUUAUAGCAUAUUUAAUUCCCAGUCAGCAGGCGAGGAAAUGGAUACAAAAUUGCUUGAUGAGAUGGAACAAAGCCUACUGAUACUCUCUGAGACAAAAUCAUCUGCAGUAAGCAAUACAGCUCUCUGGAAAGAGCAGGCCUCUACUAUAGCAAAGGUUCACUUCCUUAACUUAAGACGUGAAAAUAAGUCAUUGGGACUUAUGUUACUGCUUUUUUUAGUGUUUCUUGUCAUUCAGAUUUUAAUGUUCCUUAUACAUCACUACUUUAAAAACCCUGUGGUUCCCAUCAAACUUUCCCCAGAUUUGUACUUGCUGAAGCCUGGAGAAAAAUACAACAAGUACAAAACAAGUCUCCUCCUUCAGAACUCCACAGGAUCAAAUAUUGAUGAUCUCACCAGUGCUCUCAGAAGCCAGCAGAUAUUGACUGAGAUGUUCAAUGACAGUGAUUACAUGUCAGCUGCACCCCACAGUGCAGCUUUAAAUGUGUCACUUUCAGAAAAGAGCUACAUCUUUACAGCUGUAUUCAACAGUACUAUGGUGCACGCUCUGCCUGUUUUGAUGAACAUCAUUAGCAACCUGUUUCUCCACAAUUUAAAUGUGACUGAGAAUAUUCAAAUCUGGAGUAACCCGUUCAUUCAAGAAAUUGAUGACACAGUUUUCAGACUGGAGGAUUUUUUUCAAGUGCUGUUACUAGGAAUCAUUGUAACGGGGGUGCCACCAUAUUUUGCCAUGGAAAAUGCAGAAAACCAUAAGAUCAAAGCUUACACUCAACUUAAGAUCUCAGGUCUUUAUCCAUCUGCUUACUGGAGUGGACAAGCAGUCAUUGACUUUCCUUUAUUUUUCAUUAGUCUUGUUCUGAUGAUAGGAAGCUUAUGUGCAUUUCAUCGUGGUGUUUAUUUUGAUACUUGGAAGUUCCUUGCUAUUAUCUUCUGCCUUAUUGGCUAUGUACCAUCAGUAGUGCUGUUCACUUACGUGCUCUCUUUCACCUUUAAAAAAGUGCAAAAUGCCAAAGAAUUUUGGUCGUUUAUUUUUUCAAUGACUGCUUUGAUCUCUACUGUUGUCACUGAAGUGGCAUUCUUUAUGAGAUAUUUCAUGAUAUCCACCAUUUUUCAUUAUGUGUUCUGUGCCUUCAUUCCAAUCUAUCCUCUUAUCGGAUGCCUGAUUAGUUUUAUAAAGGUAUCACGGAAACACCUACAAAAGAAUGAAAAAUACCAUGAGCCCUGGGACAAACUCUUGGUAGCAGUUAUCGCGCCUUAUUUGCAAUGUGUAGUGUGGCUGUUCCUCCUGCGAUAUCUUGAAGUGAAAAAUGGAGGUAAAUCGAUAAGAGAAGACCCAUUUUUCAGAACUUCUACAAAGAUCAAAACAUGGAAAUUUCGAGAUGAUCCACAUAAUGAGAAUGAGGAUGAAGAUGUAAAGGCAGAGAGAUUGUGGGUCAAAGAAAUGACAACCUGCCAGAGCUGUGAUGAGAAACCAGCAAUUCUGGUCAACAGUCUGCAUAAAGAAUAUGAUGAAAGGAAAGAUUUUCUUCUUGGGAGAAAAAUAAAGAAAGUGGCAACUAAACACGUCUCUUUUUGCGUAAAAAAAGGAGAAAUACUUGGAUUGCUAGGACCAAAUGGAGCUGGGAAAAGCACCCUGAUUAAUAUGCUGGUGGGAGACGUUGAACCAACUGCUGGCCAGGUGCUGAUAGGAGACUAUUCUUUAGGAUUGAACAGUGAGGAUAAUUCUGCUAAAUUUGUGGGAUAUUGUCCUCAAAUAAAUCCACUAUGGCCAGAUAUUACAUUGCAGGAGCAUUUUGAAAUAUAUGGAUCUAUCAAAGGAAUGAGUAAAACUGAUGUGGAAGAAGUUAUAAAACGCAUUGCAAGGGCCCUUGAAUUGAAAACCCAUCUACAGAAAACAACAAAGAAAUUAGCAGUCGGAAUUAAGCGCAAGUUAUGUUUUGCGCUAAGUAUGCUGGGUAAUCCCCAGAUUACGUUGCUAGAUGAACCAUCUACUGGUAUGGAUCCUAAAGCGAAACAGCACAUUUGGAUGGCAAUUCGAGCAGCAUUUAAAAGCAAAGAGAGAGCAGCUAUUCUGACCACUCAUUAUAUGGAAGAGGCUGAAGCUGUGUGUGAUCGCGUUGCAAUCCUGGUGUCUGGACAGUUAAGGUGUAUUGGUUCAAUUCAGCAUCUAAAGAGUAAAUUUGGCAGAGGCUAUUUCUUGGAAAUGAAAUUAAAAGAAACAGCAGACGUACAACAGGUGGAGUUCCUUCGCAGGCAAAUUUUGCACAUCUUCCCAAAUGCAUCUCAUCAGGAAAGUUUUGCCUCCAUUUUGGCAUAUAAAAUUCCUAAGGAAGAUGUACAGUCGCUCUCUCAGUCUUUUUUGAAACUGGAAGAAGCAAAACAUGCCUUUAAUAUCGAGGAGUACAGCUUUUCUCAAGGAACCCUGGAACAGGUUUUUGUGGAACUUGCUAAAGAACAAGAAGAGGAAGAUAACAGUUUUGGAACCUUAAACAGCACGCUUUGGUGGGAAAGAAGACAGGAAGAUAGAGUCAUUUUUUGAGCUCUUUAAAUACUGUAGGAGUCAAUAGAUGUACACUGCAGUUCACGUUUGUCUGACUCUGUUUGUUUGUUUGUGUGCUGAGUACUAAGAAAGCAGUUGAGAUUGAGAAAAAUAUCUGACUUGGAAAAACAAAAAUAAUAUUUGGAAACUUUGAGCAUAUUUCCCCUUCCUGGCCUUAUCCGUCGAUAUUAUGCAAGUGUGGGAAUGCCUUUAUUUGUGAGGACUCUCAUUGCUAGCAUAUAAUUUGUCUGUUUUUUUAAAUUUCUGAUCCACUCGCCUUACUCUGUCCUGUUUUGAAGCGAAAUGGUAAAUAACAAUUUAGUUCUUUAUAAUUUCC